CGCACCCCGCCCCGGCCGGCCCCUCUAGCAUGGUGCGGGGCCGCCGCCGCCUCGUCCUCCGGCUGCCGACAUGGGCGAGAGGCUGGAGCUGCGGCUGAAGUCGCCCGUGGGAGCCGAGCCCGCCGUGUACCCCUGGCCGCUGCCCGUCUACGACAAACACCACGAUGCUGCUCAUGAAAUUAUUGAGACAAUUCGGUGGGUCUGUGAAGAAAUCCCAGAUCUCAAGCUUGCCAUGGAAAACUAUGUUUUAAUUGACUAUGAUACAAAAAGCUUUGAGAGCAUGCAGAGACUGUGUGACAAGUACAACCGAGCCAUUGACAGCAUCCACCAGUUGUGGAAGGGGACGACGCAGCCCAUGAAGCUGAACACGCGCCCGUCCAACGGGCUGCUGCGGCACAUCCUGCAGCAGGUGUACAACCACUCGGUCACCGACCCUGAGAAACUCAACAACUACGAGCCCUUCUCCCCCGAGGUCUACGGAGAAACGUCCUUUGACUUGGUGGCCCAAAUGAUCGAUGAGAUUAAAAUGACAGAGGAUGAUUUGUUCGUUGACUUGGGCAGUGGUGUGGGGCAGGUGGUGCUUCAAGUGGCUGCAGCCACAAACUGCAAACAUCACUACGGAGUGGAGAAAGCUGAUAUUCCAGCCAAGUAUGCUGAGACGAUGGACAGAGAGUUCAGAAAAUGGAUGAAAUGGUAUGGGAAGAAACAUGCAGAAUACACACUGGAAAGAGGUGACUUCCUCUCAGAAGAAUGGAGAGAGAGGAUUGCAAACACAAGUGUGAUUUUUGUGAAUAACUUUGCCUUCGGGCCGGAGGUGGAUCACCAGCUGAAGGAGCGCUUUGCGAACAUGAAGGAAGGUGGGAGAAUUGUGUCCUCAAAACCUUUUGCACCUCUAAAUUUUAGAAUUAACAGUCGAAACUUGAGUGAUAUUGGCACUAUCAUGAGGGUUGUGGAGCUGUCACCACUGAAGGGCUCUGUGUCCUGGACGGGGAAACCAGUCUCCUACUACCUGCACACGAUUGACAGAACCAUACUUGAAAAUUAUUUUUCUAGUCUCAAAAAUCCAAAACUCAGGGAGGAACAAGAGGCAGCUAGGCGUCGUCAACAAAGAGAAAACAAAAGUAACACAACGACUCCAACGAAGAUCCAAGAAAACAAGGAUUCUGGUGCUGAAGAAGAAAAAGCUGCAGCAAAUUCUGUUAAAAAGCCAUCUCCCUCCAAGGCCAGGAAGAAAAAGCUGAGUAAGAAAGGCAGGAAAAUGGCAGGGAGGAAACGAGGGCGCCCCAAGAAAAUGAACACAGCAAGUACUGAACGCAAGACCAAGAAGAACCAAACUGCACUAGAACUUCUGCAUGCUCAGACUGUCUCCCAGACAUCUUCAUCCUCUCCUCAGGAUGCCUACAAGUCACCUCAUAGCCCAUAUUACCAACUACCUCCUAAAGUGCAACGGCAUUCGUCCAACCAGCUCCUGGUCACACCCACCCCCCCUGCACUACAGAAGCUGCUAGACUCAUUUAAGAUCCAGUACAUGCAGUUCAUGGCAUACAUGAAAACUCCUCAGUACAAAGCAAGUCUGCAACAGUUACUGGAGCAGGAAAAGGAGAAGAAUGCUCAGCUGCUGGGGACCGCCCAGCAGUUAUUCACCCACUGCCAGGCCCAGAAAGAGGAAAUCAAACGCCUGUUUCAGCAGAAGCUCGAUGAGCUGGGAGUUAAAGCUCUGACGUACAACGACCUGAUCCAGGCUCAGAAGGAAAUCUCUGCUCACAACCAGCAGCUGAAAGAACAGACUAAACAGCUGGAGAAGGACAACAGUGAACUCAGGAACCAGAGCUUGCAGCUGCUGAAGGCUCGCUGUGAAGAACUGAAGCUGGAUUGGUCAACGCUGUCACUGGAGAACUUGCUGAAAGAGAAACAGGCCUUGAAGAAUCAGAUUUCUGAGAAGCAAAAGCACUGUUUGGAACUGCAGAUCAGCAUCGUGGAACUUGAGAAGAGUCAGCGGCAGCAGGAGCUGCUGCAGCUCAAGUCCUACACGCCCUCAGAGGAGCCCCUGUCAGUUCAGCUGCACAGCAAAAGCCACCUGAGCCGUGACCCUGAGGCUGAGCACGGCAGGUUCCAGCUGGAGCUGGAGUGCUCCAAGUUCCCCAUGCCCCACAUCAAUGGCAUGAGCCCCGAGCUGUCCAUGAACGGCCACGCCACCCCCUACGAGCUGCAGCACGCCUUCAGCCGGCCCUCGUCCAAGCAGAACACCCCCCAGUACCCCAACUCCCACCUGGAGCAGGACAUUGUGCCCUGCACCCCCAACCACAGCAGCAGGCAGAAGGCAGACAAGGUGACCAGCCUGUCCCUCCCUGAUUACACCAGGUUCUCCCCUGCUAAAAUCGCCCUGCGGAGACACUUGAAUCAGGACCACGGAGUCAAUGGGAAGGCAACAGCUACUGAGAUACAGAGAGCUGAGCAUGUCAAAGAGAAUGGCCUUACAUAUCCAAGCCCUGGAAUUGCAAAUGGAAUAAAGCUGAGUCCUCAGGAAACUCGGCCCUCCUCCCCCGCGGCCUUACCCAGUGCAGGAGAGAAGGUUUUGAGAGAGAGAACCUCUGUGAGUAAUGGAGAAACUAUCACCAGCCUCCCUAUCAGUAUUCCUCUGAGCACAGUGCAGCCCAAUAAACUCCCUGUUAGUAUCCCUCUGGCCAGCGUAGUCCUACCUAGCCGUGUUGAGAAGGUGAGAAGCACACCCAGCCCAGUUCACCAGAGCAGAGACUCAUCGACACUUGAAAAGCAGAUUGGUGCUAGUUCUCAUAAUGGCUUGAGCAAUGCUGCUGGAAACAAGCCUCUGGCUUUGGCUACCUCAGGUUUUUCUUACUCUUCUGGCUCCGUGGCAGUCAAUGGAAAUCUUACAAACAGCCCAGCCCAUCUUAACCAUAGUGUUGAUCAGGCAGCUCUGGACGACUCUGGGAGUCUCUUUAACUCUGUAGGGUCUCGGAGUUCCACUCCACAACAUCCUUUGCUAAUGAUGAGGAACUCUGGGCAGAACUCCCCUGCUCAGCAGCACUCGAGCCCCCGCUUAAGUGGCCCGGCCCAGAGCCUGGCAGGGGGACUGCAGAGUGCAGAGGCUCAGAAGAUCUUUGCCGAAGGAACAAAGGGGGACCUGCAGUGUGAUGCAGCGUUUUCAGAUCCUGAGAACGAGGCCAAGAGGAGAAUCAUCUUUACAAUCUCUCCUAAUACAGGACAUGUAAAACAAUCCCCUUGCAGCAAGCACAGCCCAGUGCCCGGCCAGGCCCACGCGCAGGACGGGAAGAAGCGGGGCCGGCGGAAGCGAUCCUGCACUGGCACCCCCGGCGGGACCGGCGCCGUCUCCCCGAAACGCAAACCCCUGCCCUCGGUGGCCGGGCUCUUCACACAGCCCUCGGGCUCACCCCUCAACAUCAACUCCAUGGUCAAUAACAUUAACCAGCCCUUAGAAAUAACAGCCAUUUCCUCUCCUGAAAACUCCCUGAAGAACUCUCCUGUUCCUUACCAGGACAAUGACCAGCCCCCAGUGCUGAAAAAGGAGAAGCCCCUCGUUCAGAGCAACGGUGUCCAUUACUCCCCCCUGACAUCGGAUGACGAGCAGGGCUCUGAGGAUGAGCACAAUAGCAGCAGAAUUGAGAGGAAAAUUGCAACAAUAUCAUUGGAAAGCAAAUCUCCACAGAAGACUGUUGAAAAUGGUGGCAGCUUAUCAGGGAGGAAACAAGCACAAAGCAAUGAGAACAUGAACAGCAGCAAAUGGAAAUCGACUUUUUCACCAAUAUCUGACAUCAACCUGACCAAAACCACGGACAGCCCCUUGCAGGCGGUGUCAGCUCUGAGCCAGAACUCCCUGUUUGCCUUCAGGCCGCCCUCCGAGGACGGGCUGCCCAUGGACACCAAGGUCCCAGGACACUCCAGGAAGAGCCUGGCCGUGGCCUCGGAUGGGCUGAGCCCUGGCACAAACCCCCCCAAUGGCUUCAGCUACAACGGGGGCCUGUCCUCCGAGCUGGGCCUGCACGGCUUCAUGGACAGCGCCGCCCUCCCUCACAAAGCCGCGGACGGGACGGCUCCCAACUGCUCCCUGGGCUUCCCCUCGCAGCGAGCCAAGGACCUGGGCGUGUCAGACACGAACCUUUUCCUCAACAAGAGGCAGCUGGAGGGUCUGGGCACCAAGGGAGAAGAGCUGAGCCGGCCGGGGGUGAAGGGCAAAGAGCUCAGCGAGCUGAGCGCCCGAGCGGGGGGGUCUGCGGAGAAAAACUCUGUGCAGCACAACGGAAAGGUCGGCAAGGGAAGGGACCGAGAUGUGGAGUUCAAAAACGGCCACAACCUUUUCAUUUCUGCUGCUGUUUCGUCUGGUGGCCUUCUGAAUGGUAAAAGCCUUUCUACUGCUGUUUCCUCAGCAGGGACCCCGGCGCCGUCGGUCCCGACGCACCAUCCUUUCCUCAACACUCUGACCACUGGAUCGCAGUUCCCCCUCGGCCCCAUGGCCUUGCAAGCAAACCUCAACUCGGUGACAAAUUCCUCAGUAUUGCAGUCCUUAUUUAAUUCAAUGCCAGCUGCUGCCAGUCUGGUCCACGUGUCAUCAGCUGCAACCAGACUGACUAAUUCUCACACUAUGGGGAACUUCUCUCCUGGGGUUACAGGUGGAACAGUUGGAGGUAUUUUUAACCAUGCGGUGCCUUCUGCCUCCUCUCCUCAUCAAUUUGGAGCCAGUUUCAGCAGCAGUGCUGUCUCUAGCAGCACCGUGCUAAGCUUAAACCCUCUGCAGGCUGUUGCCAGCACCUCAUCCUCAUCCUUCCCACCCUCUUCCUCUAAUUUAGUAACUUCUAGUGAGGCUAGACCUGCUCAGCACCUCAACAGAGCGCCAGUGCAAUCUGUCUUCCAUCCCCCUCCUCCCCCUCCUAACGUGUCCUUGCCUCCCCCUCCUCCUUUACUCGCUUCUAACUCCGAGCCUGCUCUCCUGCAGAACCUGCCCUCCAUCCCUCCUGGCGAGACGUUCCUGCCCUCCUCCUCUGCUCCUGUCCAGUCUAACUCUUCUUUGUCUAUUAAACUGGCUUCUCUCCAGCACAAACCCUCCCGCCCCUCCUUUACAGUGCACCACCCGCCCCUGCCCCGCGUGCUCCCGCAGCCCAACGCCGCUGGCACGGCCGCUAUGUGGGUGACCCUUGGCAUGCAGCCUCCUUAUGCUUCGCACCUUUCGGGGGUUAAGCCACGAUAAAGAGCUUGCUUAGCUAACAGUUCUUGUUUUGUAAGGUAACUAGGAUUUCUACCUCAACCCAAUGUGACCUAUGCAAGGACAACGUGGACCAACUUCACUCGGCUUCCACUGAAAGGUGCUCACCUGGCCUGUGCAGGGGUUUCUACUCUCUUACUACUGGACAAAAUAAAAAACCAUAAAAAAAAGACCUAAACAACAGAGCAAACAUUUACUGUGAAUCUGAGUUAAAAAAAAAAAAAAGGAAAAAAGGAAAAAAAAAAGGCAAAAGAAAUGCUUAAAGCUCCAGUUUGUAUUGUUGAUAGUUUAGAUAAAGUAUUUAUCUUUUUUUUAAAGUGAAAACAAUUUUGACUUAUUUUAUUCCACCUAGACUCAUAAAUACAAAUUAUUAUUAUAAAUUCUCUGAAUACUAAAGGACUGGCACACCAGCAGAGAUGUAAAAGAGCCUCCUCGGUGCUAUUUUGUCCGUCAGAACUGUGCCUCUGGUUUGAAUCCUUGGUGCUGAUUUGGGGGGUUGACCAAUGCCAAACCCAGUUCUUAAAGGUCUGCAGAUUAUUUAUUCCCCUGACUCUGUUCACAUCCCAAAAUCCACUUGCUUGGCAGCUGGGGCUGACAGAGAAUUCUCCUCCCUGGGGUUUGGUUUGGACUGAGCCAGGUGCUUUUGAACUGGGUGGGUUUUAAUUGAGUCUGUGACUAACGAGGGCUCUGCUCCCCUCUGGAGCAGCCUGGGUGGGCACAGCCCAGCAGGCUCAGUUGGAACAGGAGAAAUCCAAGUGCUGCCCCAUCCCAACUCUUCCCUGGGCCAUUUGCAGUUGCUGCUGGCGCUCAGGUCACUGUGAAUUUUGGUAGCUGGUCUGGUAACGCUUCUUGGGGCUGCCCUUGGUGUAUGAGCAGGGUGUGUUCAGCUGUGUGAACACCUCAUGGUGCUGCAGCCCUUGACAAGACUCAACAUUGUCCUUGUGUCCUGCUGCAGGGUGCAGGGUUUGCUCAGCUCGUUGUUUUUUCGUUCCAAGCACGACGCGUUUCCUUGGUAGGGUUUUGAUACUUGACUCCGACCCGGCUUGGCCGUGUACAUGGAUUGACAAGGUGCAUUUUGCUUUUGUAUUCCUUUGCUUUUGAGUAGGUUCUUGAAUUGUAGUUCACAAAAACACCCUGACCUGGCUGCCUGUGCUGCCACUGUCCCCCCUGGGGCAGGGACUUGUGUCGUGACUCGGUGUUGUGUGUGCAGGAAGGGCCGAUUUUAUAGAGCUGUGAUGAAAACUUCUACGUUUCCUAUGCUUUAUUUCCUUUAUUUUUAGGUUGUACAAUGCACAAUGAACCUGUAAAAAUUUACUUAUUCAAGUGCAUAAAGUGAGGAGGAGAAGGAGGGUCCAUUUAAGUAGAAAUCAGGCUGGUCUGAGUUCAGGCUGGGCCAAGCACCAAUAAAGGAAAAUACAGUAGAAAGGGGAUUGCAACAGCAAAAUGACUGGAAAAAAAAUCACAUUCAGGCUUUGGAAAACACCUCCCUGCUGACCCUGGUGCUCAGAGGGGCAACACUGUCUUUAAAUCCUUCCUGGUGCUCCCUGGUGAGGCUCCCACUGCAGCAGUCAGGCACUGGCAGGAGCUCCAUGGAGCAUCCCAGGCUCACAAACAACUGCUCAGCUCCUGCCUCUGGGUUUGGAGUCACUGAGGUCCCUGUGCUCUCCUGCUGCCUGGAUCCAACAGGGCUGGAAGUGUUUGGAGAGAGGGUGAGGGGCUACAGCAGCUCCCACUCUUUGCAGGGUUCAGCUUUCUGUGCCUCAUCCUGGGCUGUCUUAGGAGAGAUUUUGGAUUUUUGUUGGUUCCUGAGUGUCUUCCAUGGGAGCCUCUGUGUGCAGACUCUGGGGUCUGGCUCUGCCUCCUUAUCCCCUGGGAAGGGACUGAAAGCCCUGGGAGCUGGGGGCAUUUUGGAAUGUUUUCUGCUUUGUGUGUCCUGCUGAGGGACUGGCAGCACAAGGAAAUCCUGGAAAAGGGCAGAAAUGCUCGGGGUGAGAGGAACAUCCAGUAGCUUCUCGUAGGAGCCAAACACAGUGAAUGUCCUGGAAUCCAGGAGCACAAUGUAACCCAGAUGUUUUGCAGCUGGGAGUUGGGCAGCUCCAGCUUCUUCCCCAGAACACAGCAGAGUGCUGGGGCCUCUGGAGACUGUAAAUGAAUGAUUGCUGGAGGGGCAGCAGCCUUAAUUAAUUUCCUAAUUACCUCUCCCCCAUCGUUUAUAUCUCUGGUGAGAGAGAGAGAGGAGGAAAUACAAAUAGAAGCUUUUCAUGCCCCUGAUUUUAUCAGAUCCUUUUCUGCAAAGGGACCAGGAUGUGGUGCCCCUUGGGGCUCUUGUGCCUCCCUUCACUCCAGCCACGGAGAUCCAGGAAGAAAACUCUGCUGCCAUCCCUUGUCCAGGCUUGGUUGGUGCCCAAGGCACUCACAGGAUUCGUGCUGGAGAAGGAACCAACCCACAGAUUCCAUGGAACCCUCUGUGCUUCCCAGCACUGCUCAGGGCCUGGGUCACUUGUGUCACCCUGCUGGCACCUGGCACUCCCUGCAUGAUGAGGAGGGACAGAUCCUGCUGGGAAUGAUGUGCUCUGCACCCAGCAGCUCUGGGGAGCCAGGCUGAGCUGUCAGGGUGGCCUGGGCACUGUCUCCUCACAGCUGGACUCACUGAUCUGGAUGAACUUUUCCAACCUGAACCAUUCUAUGAUUCCAGGACCCUUUGGAACAAAGGCCUUGGGUGAGGAGUUUGUCACCUGCUCUUUGGUGAGUGAUGUGGAAAAGCAAAGCCCAUCUGUCCCUUGGUGUCACCUCUGGUCACUGCUGUGGUGGCCAGCCAGUGUCCAAGGCAGGGCUGGCUCAGGAGCAGCUUUGGCAAUGGGCAGCACAACCCCUGGAGCUCAGCUGUGACUGAGGCACUGCCAACCCCCAGGACUUCUGAGUCUGUGACUCUCCAGAUGUCAUCCAGGAAGGCCCAAGGGAACCAGAUCUGGGAAUGAAUCUUUGGGAUUCCUGGAAAGGGAUCCAGUCUGCCUGAGCAUCACCUGAGCACCAGUGCCUGCUGUUCCCACCCUGCCACCCCACACUGCUGGGAUCUGGAGCUGCUCCAGCCUUGCCAGAGUCUUCCCCCAGCCCAGGCCCUGCACUGUUCUGCUCCUGGUAGCAAUUCCCAAAUUGUGCUUCCAGAGGGGCCUGCUCAGCACUGAGGUUGGGAGCCAAGGGGGCAGUUUGGGACUGGUGCCUCAGCACUGGCUGAGCUGGAGAUGUUUUUUGCCAAGAGAUUCCUGGUUUUGUCUUCCCUCUCCCUGAGCUUUUAUUGCUUUGCUGUGAUCUGGGGCAAAGCUUGACUUAAAAUUGUGGAAUCACAGAACAUCCUGAGUUGGAAGGGACCUGGAGGCUCAUUGAGUCCAACUCCUGGCCAGUCUCUUACUGCUCUGUGUGCACACUGGGAAGAGCUUUCACCUGGCUGAAUGCAGACCUUGGAGCUGGUGGGAUCUGAUCCAUGUGGCCACACUGCUGGAACACCGAGCCAGAAGCUGAAACCUGUUUGCAAUAAUUGAAGAUCCUCUGGAGCAAUCAAAGCCAAACAGUUUCAAAAAAGAGAAUUUCUGCUGGUGCUGGUCCAGUCAUUCCAGGGCUGUCACACAAUUCCCCCUCCUCCAAGCCCCUGCUGCCUGCAAAGGACUCGCCAGGAAGCAAAAACACAUCUUGGAGCAAGUGUGCUGCCAAAAAAUGGAACUUCCUGUGUGCUGUGCUGAGGAAAACCUGUCCCUGCAGCUAAAUGUCAGCCUUGAGGAACAAGAAUUGCGUGGGUUCUUCCUUUUUUGGGGAUUUGCCACCUCUGGCUCGCCAGGCCCAGUCCCCUGGGACCCACACUGCUGGGAGGGCUCCAAAGGCACUGGACCUAAAUUUGGGAUUUGCUGCAGAUGAGUCAUUCAGCAGCAAUUUUCCAUCAGCCAGGGGUGUGGGGACACCCAGCAGUUGGAUUGCUGAGGGGCAGAGUGGGAAAGCUUUGCUGAGGAUGUAGAGGCUGGAUCUGAGCUGCUGCAGGGAUCAUGGUACUGGAGGUUUCCCUCCAUCACCUCAGCUUGGCACAAACCCGGCUCUUCCUGCAGGAAGGUGAAGAUCAGUCUGCACAACCAGGGAACAUCUUCACCUCAGUUCAGUUGUGGAUGCAGUGGGAGAGAGGAGGAGGAGAAGCAGUGUUUUAGGGAAGCAGCAGGGAGGGCAGCACAUCCUCACUGUCCCUGGCAUUCCAGGACCGAGCAUCAUCUCCAGCUCCUUCUGAUCAGCAGGAAUUUGUGUCUCCUCAACCAGACAGAUCAGAAAUUCUUGUGCUUCCAUCUCUUUUCCUUCCUUCCUGUUGGGGACAGCACUUUAUCUUGCAGUGCAGGCUUUGUGCUCCCCUGCUCUUGGCUGGGGUUUGGCUCUGGGCUCAGCCUGGCACGGGCAGAGGGAUUCCCCUGUGCCAGGACUCACUGGUGGGAUCAUGCUGAGCUGCAGGGUCUGAGUCUGGGAUCACACCCACAGUCCCUGAAGGCCUGCAGGCAGAAGGUGACAUCACUUGGUCAUGAAUGGAUUUACUCAUCUCUUUUUGGUUCCAGUUUCCAAAUCCCCAGGACUUGACACUCCUUAGUGUGAAACUCGCCCAGCUCUGGGUCACACACAGUUCAGGCGCUGAGUCACUUUCUUCUUUCUUUAGUCAGACUUAAUCCUUGAGGAAGUCACUUGAGCAAUUGCAGCCUGGCACUGGAGAGGUUUCCAGCCUCAUCAACUCUUCCACCUGGAAACAUCUCCAGCUGGAGCAUUGCUCCAGGGCUGCUUGGGCUGUGUCCCUGCCCUCAGCCCACUGGGGACACGUUUCCUUCUGAGAUGUGUGCUAGGGUCACUUCUUCAGCCUUCUUUGGGGGGACUAAAUGACCUUUAAAGGUGCUUUCCAAUCUUUCCAAACUGUUCUGAUUCCCUGUACAGACACAUCUGGGAGGAGGUGAGAGCCAGACCUACCUCACCUGCUGCUCCUGCACCUCCACCCCAGUGGGGUACAGGGGUUGGCAGCUCAGGUGCUCCCCAGCACAGGGAAUUUCCUGCCUGUGCUCAUUGUUUCCAUCUCAUCCCAGCCUUCCCUUGCAAGAGCCUGGAUCUUCCUGUUCUGCUGGCUGCCCCUUCCAGGGGAAGUUUUUUCUUGUGGGGUUUGGUUCUUGCUGGGAUUGUGUGUUCAGAAAGCAGCAUCUGCUACCCCCACCUGUUAUUUUUCCACUUGAAGAGCCCAGGCAGAGGAGAGGCCGAGGGAGAGGUGGCAGGGACAGUCCCAGCAGUGCAGGGAACAGCCAGCCCUGGCUCAGGGAGGGGACAGCCAGUGCUUGCAGCUCCUCUGAGUCCCUUCAGGCACUGGGGAGCUGUGGGACCUGUGCCCUCGGGGUGCUCUGGCUGCCCUGCCCCUCCAGGUCAGAGGAGAUUCCCAGCUCUGGGAGCUGCUCUCAGGCUGCUGCUGCUGAUUCCCCUCCCUGCUCACCCUUCCCUGGCCCUUCCCUCCCUCCUCAGCCGGCUCUGGAGCACCCCCGAGCCUGGGGCUGCUGCCCUGGUCCUGUCCCUGGAGCCAGGGCUGCUCUGGGCAGGAUUUCCCCAGGAUUCUGGGAAUUCUGCUGUGGCUGAUGCUGGGGUGGCUUCCGUGGGUCCAUCCUGUGUGACCCCUUUGCUUUGGGUGCUGAAUUCUGAUCCAGGGCGUGGAAAGCUGAGUGUGCUCCGUGUGUUCUGUCCUGGGAACUCCACCCUGGAGUUAUCCCAACCCCCAGGCGUGGCUGUCGUGGAAAAUUCUGCUUUUCUUGUUUUGCCUGAGCCAAAAGCACAGAGAGGAUUAAGGAUUAGGAGCAGGGGAGGGCCUUAGACAGGGCUGUGAACCCAAAAUCCUUCUGGGGAGCAGAAACUACAAAGUGUUUUUGUGAACUAUCUUUGCAGCACUGAGGAAAAAUCACAGGGAGUGGAGUUUUGGGAGCACAGAUGUGCAGUCAGUGUGUGAAUAUUUGAAGUCUUACUGGUUUUAAAGGGGUUUUUUCUUCCUUUGUUUUUUUGCUUCAUUUCCAUUUUCCGCUCCAUUUGCGGAUCAGGUUUUUACUAAAAGCUGGAGUUCCAGUUUCAAAAUGUUGUUGUGCCAUAUUUUAUUUAUCCUUAUACAUUAUAAAUAUAUAAAUAUCUAUUUAGACUGAAUAUUGCAUUGAAAGAUGCUGUUAUUGAGAACUUCAGGGUUUAAACCCGAGACAAAAAAAUUGGGAAAUAAUUCUCCAGUACUUUUGCUGUUUGGGACCUUCCUGAAGAGGCUCCUUGAGCUCUUUGUGGUGUAAAAACAAAAUCACAUCCAAAAAUUCAAAGUUUGAUGAUGCUAACCCUGAAGUUCUCAGAUUUGUGAUCCUUUGGUUUUCUCAAGGUACAUCUGGUUGCUUUUCUGGUGCAGUCAAAUAAUUUUUUUAAAGGUUUUGUCUCUGGAGUUAUUGAGGAAAAGGUGGAAUGGGUUGAUCCAUCCUGCUUGGCUUUUUUAACCUAUUAAUCUUUGAAGUGAUCGAUUUCCAAUUAAAACCCAACUUUUUAGGUCUCUGUUCUACUUAAACUUUUUAGGAGUGAGAGCCUGCCCUCGCUGAGUGGGACUUGGAUGGGGAAAGCAGUAGAUGAUGAGGUUGCUGUUGCUCAGGAAUUGAUUAGUAAACUUUUAACUACUAAUAAAAAUCCAUUUUGCAAUGGAUUUUUAGAAAAACCCAUUUUCUUAGGACAGUGAUAUGGGAUGUUUCCUAGUGAAUAGGAAUUAGUUUAUAUAGUUUAGCCUAUUAAACUGAAUUAUUUAAAAUUCAAACUUCCCCUAAUUUAUCUUUUUUUUGGUUGUUAUUUUUUUGCUUUUUUUAAUUUUUUUUUUUUUAAAUACUGGUAAGUUGUCCUGUCAUUCCUUUCAUUCCUGCCUAGCAGUAGUGUGAAUUCUGGUGUGUAUAUAUGUAUGUAUAAUAUAUAUAUUUCCACCCGGCCUUUCUAAUUCUCCACAAUGUAAGAGUUAGUUUUUGCUCCCCUCCUUCCACUUAAUUUCUUGUGUCUCCCUUGAUUUGUAAUUGAAAUAAUGCUUUGAAGUUUUGUCUUUAUAUUAAAGUGUCUGUAUUUUAAUACACCGA